AUGCCAUUCCUGAAGAAGAUAACUGGGAGCAGUCACUCGCAUUCGAGGUCAGGCUCGGCUUCAUCGAUCAAGACAUGGUCUGUGGAAUCGCCGUCAAGCUCGGAUAAAUACGGAUCAAGACCUUCCAAGGGGCCAAAGAAGCCGACGACUUUCGAUUACCGUAGUUCUGUGGCGAGUUCCGGAUCUUAUGGAAGCGCCAGUGGCUAUACUCAAAGGCUGCCUGCAGCUCAGAAUGCGGAAGUGGGAUCAUACGGAUCAGAGCUUACGGGAUCCUCGCAACUCUGUGGUAAGCAUGUUACAGACUCCACUGAUGGUGGCUCCGAUUCAAGGAAAUCUUCAGGUGGCAGUGUGAAUAGUCUUUCAGUUAAUAGGCUAAUUCUAUCGUGGGAUACUACAGAUCCUGAUGAAUGGACGGUACAACGUGUGUUAUCGUGGUUGAAGUUUCACGAAUUUCCCGAGUCAUGGAUCAACUUCUUCAGGAAACAGCAGUUGUCAGGUCACAACUUUAUCAAGCUCCUGGCAUAUGAGAACUUUGCAGUAUAUGAGAAAUAUCUGCCACAGUCAAGCAAUGCCUCCUACUCGAGCUUUCAACAGCUUCUAAAACAAACUAUGAGCAAGAAUGUCACUGAUAAUCACAUCCGGCAGCGAAGUUUAGGGAAAUCUAAGGAUUCUACGAGCUCGAAUGAAUCUCUAAGGGCAAGACCAAAGAAGGUUCAUACACAAGAAGAACUCUUGAGCUCGAGAUCGACUUCAGAAUCUGCUCUGUUGUCGACGAAAUCUCAAUCUUUGAGUGAAGACGAAAAGACGAUGAGCAGCGUGCCUUUACGAUCUCACCAGAAGACGACCAGCACUAGCGCCCUUUAUAGAAGAAGUUUGAUAUCACUGAGGGGAUCAACGUCAGGCAACUUACUCGAGGGGAAAACUCCCUCGAGCAUCAAAUUAAGCAUACCCUCGAGGCCUCAUUCGAUUGUCGACACGAGUGAGCCGUCAGCAAAAUCGGGCUCUCCUCCUAGUUCCCCAUAUUAUUCCGGCAUCUUCAGAAGGCAUCAAAAGAGCAGCUCAUCAGAGUCUUCAUUGUUGAAUACUCUUUUUGGCUCAGCAUCAAACAGCAACCUCUCUGAUGACUUUGAAAAGCUCAACAAUCUUAAGUCUGAUGUCACGAUCGAUAACCUGUCGAAAAGUAAGCCCAAUCUGAAUGAACCGAAUUCUUCGAUCUCCUCCAAACAGUCCUCAGGCAUAGCGGAAGAGAAAAGCUCUCUGUGGGGCAAGCUGAGGCGCAGAAGCCAGUUGGUCGGUCUUAACAACUUCCCUCAGACCCCUCAAAUGCAAGUUACGCAACCAAAAGCUACAAGCUUAGGAAAUACUGAAGUGGAGUGGGCCGCAACAUCUUCAGAUGCAAGCGUUGGCACGUUGACGCCAGGUAAUGCUGAUCUCAUUGCUCAAGGAGCCUCCUUAGGCACUCCUCGCAAUAAUCAUACUCGAAAGCUCGAUGAAGGCAACAACUACAGUCCCAAUUCUUUCCUCCUGGAUAAGAAAUUCUACCCGUGGAGAAAUAAGAGCGCCCAAAAUGAUAAUUAUAUCCUCAUAACGAAGGACAAUAAAUCAUUUAUUCCGAUGAACAUUGACAUGAUCCAGACGCUCGAGCAACUUAAAGAAUCAAUAAUACUCAUGCUAGGCAUAAAUCACAGCGAAAUAACACUACAUUUGACAGAUUUUGGAUGCGAGAUUGGUUCCGCAUUACCAGACGAUAUACUGGAGAGGUUGCGUUCCAGCCUAUUCUUGAACACAGCAGGAAAACUGUUCAUUAAAGAUCAAGCCAAGGGAAGGUCGAGAGUUAGGCCUGCGACUUUAGACCGUGAGCUGAAUCAAAGCCUCAGACAGUCUCAAAGCCGAGCUUCCUUUCGAUCCGUUUCAAAUAACAUGUUAGGUUCAAAUGAUGAAGUAUCAAUCGUCAGCUCUUCCUCCGAUAUAACGUCAUUCGAUGACCUCGCCUCGGGACCUGUCCGAAGAUACCCCCAGACGCCCAAUCACUAUUGCGAGACUGUUCCAAAUAACAGUGGAGAGGAGCCCAAUUAUUGGAAUUGCAAAGAUACGUUUCCUGAAAUUGCUAAGUCCCCCAGACCAUUGAGAUCGUCAAGUACAAUACAAAAAGAUAGAUCUAUUGGCCCUGACUUGCCCAUGGAAAAAGCUAGAGUAGGAACAUUUGAAAUUUUGCGGAAAGAUGAUGGAAACGAAAUUGAUUUCAAUAAACGCAGGGAAUCGCCAUAUAUUCAGCCAAAGCUGGCACCACGCAGAGAAGCUCCUAAGCCUCCUACAAAUUCCUCACCUCAGAGGUCGACUUCGCCUUCCAAUCAGCUGCAAAUACCACGCGUGCGUAGAAGUAGCACGAAUAGGCAAGCAACUAAUAACACUAAACUAUCUGUGAAGACAAAUCUAAUUACUUCAAACGAUGCAGUGAGCCCCUCAGCUGACUCAGUCGUCAAUUCAUACACACCAGGAUCCAGCCAUGUCUUGGUCCCUCAACCGUACAGGGGUGCUAAUGAAGGUUCUCGGAAAUCGAAGUCAGACCAAGAUCAGAUACUAAAUCCCGUUUCAACCUUUAUCAGUAAGCAGCGGAGUAAUAGAUCCAACUCCAAUGCGUCUAAUACAAGCUCCAUCUUUACCAUAAGAUCUCAACCGCUUAAGAAAGGAAACUCAAAAAGAAUCAUUUCCUCAGCCUCUGCUGCCGAUGUCUUUGAAGAGAACGACAUUACCUUCAUCGAUGCUCCUGAGCUUUCAGACACCGAGGAUGAUAAUAGCGUAUCCUCUGAUGAGAUAAUUUGGUCAAAUCAUGGUACGAAUAAACCAGAAGAUAAGAACAUACAGAAAUUGCAAAAGACUUCAGGCAUCGAGACUAGUGAUGCGGAGAGCAUGAUACCUUCUUUAGCUGGUGGCGAGGCCGAUGAGAAGAAUGGUGUUGACAGAAAAAUGACUUUGCGCCCAUCACCAGAAGUUGUCUACCAAAACUUGGAGAAGUUCUUUCCUCACGCCAACUUGGAUAAACCUGUACUUGAGGGCGUCACGCCUCCUGUGUCCCCCAAAUCAAUGGACAAUAAGGCAAUGUGUAAAGCUUAUGAGUCAGAAGAGUCAAGAAUGGAAGAUGCUGCUGUCACCUCAUCGCCUACAAGGCGCUCUCCCCAGGCACCCUGUGCGGAGGACAGAGGGAAUCGAAAGGACCGCCUUCCAAAGAGAGCGAAAACUAUAAGGACCAUCGCUCAUGAAGCAAGUGAAGCAAGGAAACAAUCAAUGAAAGUUAGGAGACAAAACACCAAGCUUUGGGGUACUCGUACAGUUGAAGUUACGGACAAACGUAUGGUCUCGAUUAACAAGACUAAAAAUUCACAAGGCCAAUACAAAGAAUUUGCCUGGAUUAAAGGUGAGAUGAUUGGAAAAGGAUCAUUUGGAGCUGUUUAUCUGUGCUUGAACGUCACCACUGGUGAAAUGAUGGCUGUAAAACAGGUAGAAGUUCCAAGGUACGGUUCCCAAAAUGAAGCGAUGUUACAUACUGUGGAGGCUCUGAGGGCCGAAGUCUCAACCCUCAAAAAUUUAGAUCAUCUGAACAUCGUCCAAUACCUCGGUUUUGAGGUGAAAGACAACAUCAAUAGUCUUUUUCUGGAAUAUGUUGCCGGUGGUUCGGUGGGUUCUUUGAUCCGCAUGUAUGGAAGAUUUGAUGAGCCGAUGAUUAAACAUUUAACGACUCAGGUUUUGAGCGGUCUUUCUUACCUACACUCUCGUGGUAUCUUGCAUAGGGAUAUGAAAGCCGAUAACUUACUGCUUGAUCAAGAAGGAAUUUGUAAAAUCAGCGAUUUCGGUAUUUCGAGAAAGUCACAGGAUAUUUACUCGAAUUCAGAAAUGACGAUGAGAGGUACCGUGUUUUGGAUGGCUCCUGAAAUGGUGGACACAGCUCAAGGGUACAGUGCCAAGGUAGAUAUCUGGUCUGUCGGCUGCGUUGUAUUAGAAAUGCUUGCCGGAAAGCGGCCAUGGUCCAAUUUAGAGGUAGUUGCAGCAAUGUUCAAGAUUGGCAAGUCCAAAUCGGCUCCACCCAUCCCAGAGGAUACCUUACCUCUAAUUUCCCAAUUUGGUAGAGAUUUCUUGGAUGCAUGCUUCGAAGUUGAUCCAGAAGCUAGACCCACAGCCGAUCAGUUGCUUCGCCAUCCAUUUCUUCAUCUUGACCAACCUUUUGACUUCAAGUCGACGAAGCUUGCCAAGCUCAUCAGAUCGAAUGAUAGAGUAAACUCAACAAAACUAAGGGCUGGCUCGCAAGAUAAAUGUCAGUUACAAGUUUGA